GCCGAGUGGGCUUCCGCGCCUUGCUCGCCCAUCGCAAUCAUCAUAAUCAUCUUCAACUGCCUCCAGCAGAGUUGAAUCUUCAUCGACACCGACACGAAGGGUUUAAUUUGACAGACAGCAGUCUGAAGAUGGCCCACAUAAGCCCGCCGCAAACCCAGAGGACAUCCCGGGUCUAGAAGACUGGAAGGCCUUUCAGAAACAGAACACAGCCGACAUUGCGGAUGCGUAUCGGCACAAAACGUGCCGACAAAGAAAGUCGGACGUGCGAUCGGCGACGACGGCCACCCAAUCCUCGCGCUGUCUCUGUGCCGACAUAUCCAGAGUGGAUCGACCACGUUUGAGCCAGAAUGGGAGACUCGUUGAGGAUUUCUGGUGAAUGGUUCAAUCGCGAUUGACGCAAUGGACUCCCGGCAGGCAAGUCAUUACCGUCGGGUGCGUCCGAUGCUAACCCCAGAUCCUCCCGGGGAAGUGAGAACCGGCGAUUCGGCACCGAAGUUUGGGAGAUCCAUCUAGAGUUGCGACUUCGUCGACGUUUCUUGGGCUGCUUUCUGAGCCAAGACCUUUCCUUAGGGAUUUCACAACCUAGAGAUCAAGGUUGAGGUUAUCAAGAUGAAGGAAGAUGCACCCAUCACCGAAGCCAAGCAAAUCUCACAAACGCAACCAUCACAGCAGAUCCUACGCUCGCCUUCACCCUCCAGCAACGAAGAUGUCAACAACCAAGCAGCUUCGGCCGGACACCCUCAGACAAAAGACGACACCGACGCAGAAAGCAUAGGCGGCCAACGCAACACAAUGUCCCGCAAACGCAUGCUCCUCGCCUUCUCCGCCCUCUCCGUCUGCCUCUUCGUCUCCUUCAUCGACCAGACCAGCGUCUCGACCGCCGUCCCCGCCAUCGCGGAGGAUCUCGACACGGGAACGGCCACCUCGUGGAUCGGGACGUCGUUUCUGAUUGCCUCGACGGCGUUUCAGCUUAUCAAUGGUCGGUUGUCGGAUAUCUUUGGCCGGAAGAAUCUGCUGAUGAUUUGUUUGGUGCUGAUGGCUGUUGGGGAUGUGUUGUGUGGGUUUUCGAGGACGAAGGAGCAGCUUUUUGCGUUUCGGGCGGUGGCUGGGAUUGGAGGGGGUGGGAUUAACAGUAUUGUUAUGAUUAUUGUGAGUGAUAUCACGACGUUGGAGAAUCGGGGGAAGUAUCAAGGCGUUCUCGGUGCCGUCCUCGCCCUCGCAAACGGCGUUGGGCCCUUUGUAGGCGGCGCAGUCGUUCAGGAGUCGACCUGGCGAUGGGUCUUCUGGAUGGUCCCCAUCAUCAGCGCCCCAGCCGCCAUCACAAUCCUCUUCUGCCUUCCGCUGAAGCACCGACCCGGAAACUACAGCGAAAAGGUCAAGAAGAUUGACUAUGGCGGCAUCGCGCUCAACAUGGCUUCGACGCUGCUCCUUCUUAUCCCGCUGUCCGGGGGCGGCGUGACGUACCCUUGGUCCUCACCCUUUGUCAUCGCCGGCGUUGUUGUGGGCGCUGUGCUUGCGGUUCUGUUUGUGCUCUACGAGUGGAAGCUGGCGAAGCUACCUAUCAUGCCUUUGCGCUUGUACCAGGCGCCGCACUGCAGCGCGUUAUUCGGGCAGACGUUUCUCAUGGGCCAGGCGUACUUUGGUAACUUGUUUUACCUGCCGAUUUACUUCCAGUCUAUACUGAACUAUGAGCCCCUUGUAUCGGGAGCGCUCAUCCUCCCCGUCAUCAUCACGACUUCGGGGCUGUCUAUACUGUCUGGGCAGUACAUGCUGCGAGUGGGACGGUACAUGCCCUGCAUCCUCGCAGGCUUCUUCCUCUGGACGUUGGGGAACGGGCUCACUAUCCUCUUUGACCGCGAUACAGGCCUAGGAAAGCUGAUUCCGAUCCUCGUGGUCAUGGGCGCGGGGAUAGGCUUGACGCUGCAGCCUACGCUGGUGGGCAUGUAUGCUAACUCGCGCGCCGAAGAUCGGGCCGUCACGACGGGGUUGCGGAAUUUCAUCCGUACCAUUGGAGGCGCGUUUGGGCUUGUGAUUUCAGGAGUUAUACUCUCCAACACGCUGCGGCGGGACCUCCACGGGAAAGACUUUGUUUCCGAUGCGGUGAUUGCGGAGCUUACUUCGUCGACGUAUACCUUAGACCAAAAGGGGUUUUCGGACACGGAGAAGACCGUGAUUUUGGAGGCGUAUAUGAAGGGGUUGCAUUAUAUUCUUGUGUAUUAUGUCAUUUGCUCUGGGCUGAGCCUGGUAUUGACGCUUGGGGUUGGGAAUACGGGGUUGAAGGCGAAGAAAGCAGCGCCGGCUGAGGAGGCUUCGGAGGGUCCGAAGGGGGUGUCGGGGGAUGCUCCGAUGAGUGAUCAAGAGAAGGCGAGUGGGAAUUAG